AUGGCAGCAGUCGCACAGGAUUUCUCAACCUCCCCGGCGCCGGCCGUGGCCUCUGUCCCUCACCCUCUGAGCCCGUUGACGGCGGCGGAGAUUUCCACCACCGCUGAUCUGUUGAGGUCAGUAUGGCCGUCAACCGUCGACCUACGCUUCAAGGUCAUCACGCUCGAUGAGCCUGCGAAGAAGUCGAUGAUUCCCUAUCUCGAGGCCGAGCACAGCGGCGCGCCACUCCCUCAAAUCCCACGCAAGUCCUUCGUGUCAUACUACAUUCGCAACACAGACCGUUUCCACGAGGCCGUUGUCAAUCUGACCGCGGGCAAAGUCGAGAGCAAUGUCCGACUCGGCCCCAACAUGCACGGCAACGGAGACUACGAUGAGAUUCUCCAGGUCGAGAAGAACGCCCUCGAGGAUGAAGGCGUCAAGGAGGCUCUCAAGAAACUCCAAUUGCCAGAGGGAACCGUUGUGUGUGCUGACCCUUGGAUUUACGGCUCUGACGGCAUCAAUGAUGACGACCGGCUGUACCAGGUCUUCCUGUACAUGCGGGAUCCUGCCAACCCGGACGAGCUCGACAGCAACCACUACGCCUUCCCACUUGCCAUCUCGCCGGUCGUUGAGUGCAACACGUACAAAGUCAUUCGCAUCGAUUAUUUACCCACAGGUGCCGACAACACCAUCCGCGAGCCACGGCCGUACGAAGCCGUAGCGCCCAACGAGUACAUUUCCGAAGCGCAACCGAAACUUCGACAGGACAUCAAGCCCCUCCGCGUCAUCCAGCCCGAGGGAGCGUCCUUCACACUGACCCCAACCGGUGAGACGGGCCAUGUCCUCGAGUGGCAGAAAUGGUCUUUCCGCGUGGGCUUCAACCAGCGAGAAGGCAUGGUCCUGUACGACGUCCGAUAUGACUCUCGGCCACUGUUCUACCGCCUGUCGCUGUCCGACAUGAACAUCCCCUACGCCGACCCCCGGCACCCGUACCACAAAAAGUCGGCGUACGAUCUCGGUGACGCGGGAGCGGGGGCCAUGGCCAACAACCUCAAACUCGGCUGCGACUGCCUCGGGCACAUCCAGUACAUCUCGUCCGUCAUCACCGACGACAAGGGUGUGCCGACCCCCGUGGAGAACUGCGUGUGCGUGCACGAGCAGGACGCGGGCAUCGGGUGGAAGCACACCAACUACCGCACAGGGCGAGCGGCGGUGGUGCGCAACCGCGAGCUGGUGCUGCAGAGCAUCAUCACGGUGAGCAACUACGAGUACAUCCUGGCCUUCAUGUUCAACCAGGCCGGUGAGGUCAUCUACGAGGUCCGGGCGACGGGGAUUUUGUCCACGCAGCCCAUCGACCACGAGCUCGACAAGACAGGCGUCCCCUUCGGCACGGUGGUGCACCCGGGUGUGCUGGCGGUGCACCACCAGCACAUCUUCUCGCUGCGCAUCGACCCGAUGCUCGAGGGCCACGCGAACCGGCUGGCGUACGACGAGGCCCAUGCGCUGCCGAUCGACAAGGACUGGAACCCGCACGGGGUGGCGUACGACGUGACGGAAACCGUCGUCGAGACGGCCGGCGGCCUCGACCUCGACCCGGACACGAACCGGGUGUUCAAGAUCCAAAACGCCGCGGUGCGCAACCCGGUCAACGGCAAGCCCGUGGCGUACAAGAUCCACGCGCCUCCCUUCCAGAAGAUGCUCGCGCACCCGUCGUCGUUCCACUUCAAGCGCGCCGAGUUCGCCGACCACAACAUCUACGUCACCACGCACCGCGACCGCGAGCUGUACUCGGGCGGCUGGUACACGAACCAGUCGCGCGGCGGCACCGGCGUGCGCUCGUUUGCCGCCCGGAACGACUCGGUCAAGGACACCGACAUCGUCGUGUGGGUGCAGUUCGGCAUCAACCACGUCCCGCGCAUCGAGGACUUCCCCGUCAUGCCCUGCGAGAUCCUCAAGGUCAGCCUGAAGCCCGUCAACUUUUUCGACAAGAACCCUGCCCUCGACGUCCCUCCUUCCGAGCAGAACUUCAACCAGUCUACUCUUGUCAGCGAAGCGCAUCAUCAACCCGCCCUGGAGAUGAAGGUUGGGGAGGGAUCUUGCUGUGCCACACCUGAAGCUAGUAAGAGUAAGCUGUGA